AUGGACACUCAACCAUCAACAUUAUCAAUAGACAAUGACAACAUUUGUGCAGCGGACUUGGAAAGAGAAACUCAAUGUAACAGACCUGUGCCUGGUAAUGAAAGAUCAGCAGGCUUGAAUUUUAUGGAUUGUGGUCCUUCAGAAGAGCAUGAUCCUUUCGUGGUCGAUAAUGAGAGAUCAGAAGGAUUAAAUUUUAUGGACUGUAGUCCUUCAGAGGUGCAUAGACCUGCAAUGGCUGUUACUGAGAGAUCAGGAGGAUUGAAUUCCAUGUCUUCAUAUCGUAGAGGGGAAUUGAUAUGCUUGGCACCUCUUCAUCUGAGACAGAUGUUGAAGUUGGUAAAGAAGUCAAUCAAGUCUUUGUUCACUGUUAAAUGUAUAGAGGAUAAUUGUAAGUGGAGCCUUCGUGCGAUUAAAAUUCCAAGGUGUGACAUAUUUAAGAUCACGAAGUAUAUGUGGUCGCACACAUGUUCUAUUGGAAUUUUAAAUCAUGACCAUAGACAAGCAACGACUGCGGUAGUUGGUGAACUAAUCAAAGACAAGUUUACAGGCAUAGAACGUGUUUAUAAAUCUUGUCACAUUGUCGAGGAUAUGAGGAGAGAGUACGACAUAAAUAUAAGUUACGAUAAGGCAUGGCGUGCAAGGGAAACCGCUUAUGCUCUCGCCAAGGGUACUUCAGAAGAAUCUUACACUGUUCUACAUGCAUAUGGUGAAGCGUUAAAGAUGGAGAAUCCAGGUACAAGGUUUGAAAUCGAACUUGAAAAUGAUGUCCAUUUCAAGUACAUGUUUAUGGCAUUAGGACCUUGUAUUAGAGGUUUUUCAAGUUGUCGGCCGGUGAUAAUUGUUGAUGGAUCGCAUCUAAAAGAAAAAUACAAAGGAACCAUGUUGGUCAGCGUCUCCAUGGAUGAUAACAACCAAGUUUACCCACUAGCAUAUGCCAUAGUGGACAAUGAAACUGAUCGAGUUUGGAAGUGGUUUAUGUCGAACUUGAAGUGUGCCAUUAAAGAGCCCCCUAACUUGGUGUUUGUGUCCGAUCGAGUGAACAACACGAUUGUUGGGAUGUUCAAGGAUGCAGCUAGGGCAUUUCGCAUGUCAGAGUUCCAAGCACACUGGGACCAACUACGUACUCUUCAAAAUGGUGCAGUAUCGAGAUAUUUGGAGGAUAUUGGUCUUGAAAGGUGGGCGCAUCUGCCCAUAAUGUGCUUGUUGGAACAUGUUCGAGGCCUCAUCCAGUCAUGGUUUUAUGAACGGAGAAAUUAUUGGGCAUCUCGAACGACGUCACACUUGGACUACUGUGAAAAUCGAUUAGCAACUGAGUGUGACAAAGGCAAACGAUAUCGAGUUGAGCCGAUUGAUUGUUAUAGGAUCCAUGUGCGGGACAAUCGAUUGGACGGUAUUGUGAACCUCCAUACGAAGGAAUGUACAUGCAAGGAAUUUGACUCACUCGGUAUGCCAUGUUUGCAUGCAAUUGUGGCUGCGCAAGAAAGAAACAUCCCCAUCCAUGGUUUCUGCAGUCUAUUCUAUAGUGUUGACUCCCUCAUGGCUGCUUAUGCAGAGCCUGUAAAUCCACUCGGUCACAUAUCUAAAUGGAAGAGACCUCCAGAAUAUGUGGAAAAGUAUAUUGCACCUCCUAGAAGAGUGGUACAGGUCGGGCGGCGAAGAUUGCAAAGAAUACCAUCAAGUGGAGAACAAUGCAGACAAAUAAAAUGUGGUAGGUGUAGGAACUACGGGCAUAAUCGGCAAAACUGCAGUGAACCGCUAACGACCGGGUGA